AUGGACUACUCACUAGAUCCAGUGGAUUUCAGUAUGAAAUACAACAAAGACUAUCCAAAAGCAACAGGCAAGGAAGGAAGAGCAAAAUACGAAGAAUAUAAAGAAUUCUACGUCAAACACUAUCGUGACUACCCUGGAACAGCCACAGAUUAUUAUGAAGAAUUUCUCCAAACGCUUGGUAAACGAGAUAAAGAGGCAGUUGGAUUGUUAUUAGUUGGGGCAGAGCUGAAACAUAGCAGAGCUAGGUUAUAUAGAGAGAUAGUUGAAAAGCAUUACUACAUGCGUUGGCCAGAACUAGCUGUCGCAGAGGCUUUUAGGAUACCAUAUCAGAAUCCAUUAAACAUAGUCGAACGAUUUCAGAACUACAUCGAUAAGAAGCAUGCAUAUUGGCUUAGCAAUAAGAUAAAUCGCGUACCUUACAGAAUGGUUUUUCAGAGUUCUGGUUACGGAAAAACUCGCCUCAUUGAACAGCUUACAACAAAAAUUCCUACGUUAUACGUGUGCUUACGCCCUAAGGAAAGUACAGAAUACCCGCCUGUUACGCCUAUCGCAUCAGAGAUAUUCAAUCGUCUGAAUGACGUUCUAAAUGGACAAGAAUGGCGCUUUAUGUUCAUUAUUUGGCAUAUUAUCAAAAAGUUGCAUGAAUAUUCCCUUACCAAAUCAGCUAUAGACCUCUGGAAACAACAACUGAAUAACAAAUGGUGCCUUAAGUUCUGGUCAGAGGUCUCAACAGCCAGUGAAAAGUGGCUUACAAUUGAAGAAAAUGAUGCGAACCUCUCCAAGGGGAAAUUCCCGUUCUAUGAUGCAUACAAUUCCAAUAACCGAGUCAAGAUUAUCUUAUAUAUUGAUGAAGCUCAAUAUUUUACUCAUCAUGUACCAGACAGAAACAGAACUCCAUUUCGAAUACUUAGAAGAGCUAUGAAACAUAUCGCAUGGAAUGGCUUCUUUGCCAUCUUUUUAGAUACGUUCAGUAAAAUCUCGAACUUUGCAUCAUCCUUGUCAGAGGACCCGUCUUUGAGAGAUGACGAAGCACAAUUACUUUUGUUUCAUCCUUUUGUUAGACUUACAACAAUGGAUAUCUUUGAAAAAAUGAUGGGAGGUCCAGCAGGAACAUCUGAAGAAGACCAGAUUGUUCAGUUAGCAAAGCUAGGAAGACCAUUAAUAUAUAGCUAUCUUAAAGUCAAAGGGAAAAGUUCUUCGACUCAAACAGCUCUCAAAAGACUUGUCACACUAUUGCAGAAUAAACUCUUUGGCAGAGCAAGAUCUUUCGAUGAUAGCCACAAAAAGGAUCUAUCCAGUAUCGCCAUUUUAUCAGUACUUAUUUGCCUGGAUAUUUCACCACAAUCGAAGAUUGCUUCUGAACUUGUGGGAUCCUAUAUGGCAACAUAUGCUGCAGUAUCAAAGGACAGGAGCGCUUAUGCUGAGAAAAGGUUUUGUGAAUGCAGACGCUCGUGGAGAAGUGGUAGCACAAAUCAUCCUGAUUCUUGCGGUAAGUUUAUACAGGAAAAUGAAGAUUGGAAAUCAUCUGGCAUUACGGUCAAACAAUUAAUAGAACUACUGGAUCCAGCAGCUAUCGAUGAGCUACAAUCCUUUGUGGAUGCAACUGUGGCUUUUACACACUUUAUUCCCAUACGAAAUAACCCUGGCGUGGACAUUAUGAUCCCUGUAAAAUUAUCAGAAGACAGAUAUUCCUAUAUCCUCAUUCAAGUGAAGAAUUAUGCAUCAAACAAUCAGAGUGCAGACCAGAGCUAUCCGGAAUCUGGUACAUCCAAACUAAAGUCGCGUUUUGUCUUUCGAAAAUCAGAUCUCAAACAUCAUGAAGAGAAAUACAUCACUUUGUAUUGGCAACUCGGCUUUCAAGGAUAA